UUGAGCAAUAGAGCGCGCGCGGCGCACUCGCGCGCAUGCGCCACAUUUUCCCGCCAAACGCGAUACGCGCACACGCCUCCAGGCUCGGGAAAAGUUUUUUUUUAAUCAUCAAAGACUCACAAACUUUUUUUUAAUUUUCAAACGUUCUUGAAAUCGAGUCUUUUCAACCUCAAAAUAGUUUUCUUUUUUUUACAUAUGUAAAAAGACAGAAAAGAUUUUAAUUAAAAAAAAAACUGUGCGCUGGAGUCUGGUAGGCAUAAAGAAUAGAUAGCCUUAUCAAAGGAGUUUCGAUAUUUAAAUUGAUAUAGUUACAUGAAAGUUUGAAAAAGGAACGCUCUUUUAAAUUCGUGUUCAAGUGAACGAUGUAUAAAAGUUUGAAGGACUUUGAUACUUUAGCCGGGUGGUAGGGUGGUAGGGUGGUAGUGUUAGGGUGGUGGUGGUGGUGUCGUGAUGGUGUUAGCAUGUGGUCGUCCGGCCUGCUGUUGCUGUUGCUGAGCGAGACGCUCGCCUACAACGGCAGCUUUGUGGUCUUCAACAAUGUGUGGACAGUACAUUACCCACCACGCAAAACCAACGUGCGGAGACAGAGCACCGUCUCACCCGCCACACCGUUCCCCUGCCAGGACUCCGUCCCCUGGGGCCGCAGCAGGCAGGUCCCCACCUCCGUGCACAGGCUGCGGCCGGGGGACAUAGACGUGGUGGCUGCUAUAGGGGACUCCCUGGUCGCUGGCAGCGGGGCCUUGGAAGAAUUCGCCCUCGGAGCUAUUGUGGAGUAUCGAGGGGUGUCUUGGUGUGCAGGCGGCGACGCCACGUGGCGCGAGUACCUGACGCUGCCCAACAUCCUCAAGGAGUACAACCCUGGACUGCGCGGCUACUCCACCGGCACGGGCGAGUGGCUCGCCAGGAACUCGCGCCUCAACGUGGCCUUCCCCGUCGCCUCCGACCAGGACGCUUACAAGCAGGCCAAGAUCCUCGUAGCGCGCAUGCGUUCGGCGGCCGACAUCGACGUGUCGCGCGACUGGAAGAUGGUGACCAUGUUCAUGGGCGCCAACGACCUGUGCUCGGCCUCGUGCCUGUCGCCCGACGCCUGGUCGCCGGCCGCGCACGCGCGCAAGCUGGCCAGGGCGCUGGACUACUUGCACAAGCACUUGCCGAGGACUAUCGUCAACCUCAUACCUGUACUGGACGUGUCAGUGUCAGUGCGGGUGCUUCGCCCCCUGAUGUGCCGGCUCAUGCACCCGCUGUUCUGCACGUGCUUCCACCGCGGCGGCGGCGAGCUGCUGGAGCUGAUCCGCCAGGCGAGGCUCUACCAGGCUGCGGAGACUGCUCUCGUGGAGUCCGGGCGCUACGACACGCGCGACGACUUCACGGUGGUGGUGCAGCCCUUCAUGCGGCUGUUCAACGCGCCCAUGCCGCCCACGCAGCCGCUGCCGCUCGUCAUCCACCAGUCCUACAUCACGCACGACUGCUUCCACUUCUCGCAGAAGGGACACGCACUCGCUGCAAAUCUCCUCUGGAACAACCUGCUAGAGCCCGUGGGCAACAAAUCUGACAAUGUGCCUCCCGUAUUGAUGCACUCCUUCCGCUGCCCGUCCAGGAAUGCGCCCUUCAUCUUCACCAGCAAGAACUCACCCCAGUUCCUCAGAACUGGAAAGCAGGAAGGUGCUUUUGAACCAUAGAUUUUUGUAUCCAUAAUGCAAUAAGCAAGAAUCUAGAUGGUUAGUGAUACUGAGAAAUCGUGACUCAAUAGUCUUUCAGUCGAGAUCGUAGAUUUAAAUUAAUAAAUCUUAAAGCCCAAGCAAGGGCCUUAAAGAAGGCCGGAAAGACAGAUAAAGGUCCGUAGCUCAUUAGAGCCACCCCGCACCCAUUCAUCUCGCACGGUUAGUAGUACUCUAAUAGGUAUGCCUCGGAACUUUAAUUUUAAGUUUUCGACUAAUUAUCACCAUUAUUUAAUAAUAUUAUUAGACGCUUCUGACGUUUCGAAAGUGAUCGUAUACUAAGCCUAAUGAAAUAAAUGAAUUUUGAGUUUAAGUGUAAGGAUUUAUAUAAACAUUGUUGGUACCAAAAUGCUAUUACGUUGGAACUUGUCAAGGCUAAGCGAGUCUACUCGCAUACUUGACUUGAGGUGACUGUGCAUUGAAUGAAUGUUUUAUGGCUAUGCUGGUGCUAUUAGUCAGGUGCCGGGUGGCUUUAAUGUGUUAUGACCCUUAAGUCAAACAUGAAGUUGAACUUAAAAACGUUCCAAUUUAAUUUAUAAGUAGAGUGAUAGUUUUAUUUAUACAAAUUAUCAUAUACCUCAUUACUAUGUAAGAAUGAAAUUUAAGGUACAAGACAAUUAAUGUAAAUAUGUAUUAUAUUUUUUUUUAUUAAUGUAAGUAAACUAAAACAACUGCAUGAUUUUUGACCAUUCAGAUACGGCAUCUUGUUUAAAAAAAAUAUCAACAGACUGCUUCGAGUAAGAAUUUACUACAGAAUCUUCAUACCACUUUGUCUGUUCUUUGAUCAUAAGCUAAAUGACGUCAUAACAAAUUCAAUAUGGUAGACUUGACUACCUACCUCGCUAAUUAGCAUUGCGGCUAUUAUUUGCUUUAGAUUAUUUUCAAAUUUAAGAGUAUACAAUAUAAAAAAUAAUAUAAAUUGUUUAAUUUUAAUAAUUUACUUAAAUUACCUAUUUAAGUACCUAAUUUGUAAAAUCUUUGAAACAUUUAAUAUAGUAUUGUACCAAAGUUUAAAUAUUUUUUUACUUAAGUAUAUAUGUAAAUUAUUAUUAUUCCUCGCACCGCAAUACAUUGACACGCUGUUACAGAAUACAGCGCCAAACUUUGAGUCUUCUCAGCCUCUGUAGCUAAGUGGCACGUCGAUUCUCUUUCUACGAUCGCUAACGCUUCGAAAACUAGAAAAAUGUAUGUAGUCCGGGGGCCCGUAUCAUUGAUACUGCCGAUACUUAUUAGAGCGGACUAGAAGUUUGGCGUGACAUACUCGUAACUCUGAGUAUACACUUCGACCAAUGUAAAACUUUGGUCGAAGAAAGUUGUCCCCGUGUACUUAUAAUAUGAAGCGUAAAAUCAAGUACCUUUGUAAAUGAAGUAGGAACAUUUGUAAAUGAAGUAGGAACAUUUGUAAAUGAAGUAGGAACCUUCGUAAAUGAAGUAGGAACUUUUGUUAUUGGAUUAAGAACCUUUGUAAAUGAAGUAGGGACCUUUGUAAAUGAAGUAGGAACUUUUGUUAAUGGAUUAAGAACCUUUGUAAAUGAAGUAGGAACUUUUGUAAAUGAAGUAGGAACUUUUGUAAAUGGAUUAAGAACCUUUGUAAAUGAAGUAGGAACCUUUGUAAAUGAAGUAGGAACCUUUGUAAAUGAAGUAGGAACCUUAUAAAUGAAGUAGGAACCUUUGUAAAUGAAGUAGCAACCUUUGUAAAUGAAGUAGGAACCUUUGUAAAUGAAGUAGGAACCUUUGUAAAUGAAGUAGGAACCUUUGUAAAUGAAGUAGGAACCUUUGUAAAUGAAGUAGGAACCUUUGUAAAUGAAGUAGGAACCUUUGUAAAUGAAGUAGGAACCUUUGUAAAUGAAGUAGGAACCUUUGUAAAUGAAGUAGGAACCUUUGUAAAUGAAGUAGGAACCUUUGUAAAUGAAGUAGGAACCUUUCUAAAUCAAGUAGGAACCUUUGUAAGUGAAGUAAGAACCUUUGUAAAUGAAGUAGGAACCGUUGUAAAUGAAGUAGGAAUCUUUUUAAAUGAAGUAGGAACCUUUGUAAAUGAAGUAGGAACUUUUGUAAAUCAAGUAGGAACCUAUGUAAAUGAAGUAGGAACCUUUGUAAAUGAAGUAGGAACCUUUGUAAAUGAAGUAGGAACCUUUGUAAAUGAAGUAGGGACCUUUAUAAAUGGAGUAGGAACCUUUGUAAAUGAAGUAGGAACCUUUGUAAAUGAAGUAGGAACCUUUGUAAAUGAAGUAGGAACCUUUAUAAAUGAAGUAGGGACCGUUGUAAAUGAAGUAGGAACCUUUGUAAAUGAAGUAGGAACCUUUGUGAAUGAAGUACCUUUUGUACUUGAUUUGAAGUAUAUUCAUAGAAAAUACAAGCAAUGCGUAGAUGAGUUGAGGGGAAAAGUAAAAUAAUUGAGAUAAUAUUGGGUUAUUUUUAUUUAAUACAUAUAAAUAAUAAGAGGUGCUUACUAAAAUGUUUUCUAUUCUUGGUUGGUGCUAGUUAGGUUGUUUGAAUUUGAAUUAAAUUAACGUCUAUAUAGUGUUGCCACCCCCUCUCUUGUAAGAACUGUAAGAAAUGGGUGUCACUACUUAUUUUUAAAAUACAUAAUAUUUAGCACUUGUUGUGAAUUCGUUGCCACAUAAUAAUCUAUAAAUAUAUAAAUAUAAAUUGAUUUAUAAAUUUAAUAAAAUUCAAUUUUCAUUUUAAUUUUAAAUCUUAAUCUAAUAUUAAUACUGAUAAAAUCUUUAAGGAAAGCUGUAUAAAGAAGAACAUAGUCAUAAUUAAAACCAUGCGAUAUUUACAAGUUGAUUAUUGAGAUAAAUCUGUUAUUGUAUUCUAACUACUAACAAAUUUUCUUGUAAAUUUUUAUUUAAAUAUUUUUAAGGUGCUACGAGUGCGAUUCAUUGUUGUUGUUUCAUUACCUUCUAUAAAUAAUUUAGUAAAUAAUAUAAAUUGUGAAUAUGUACAUAGAAAUAAAUUUCACUAAAAAAUUAAA